AUGGAAUGUUCAAUGCGUAUCCGCGUGAUUGGGGAAACAAAACAAUGCCCACAGUGUCGGACUGAUAUCUCUAUUCUCUACUAUGUAUCUGCUCCUCCAGGUCAAAAACUUCUUUUAAAACUUCCAACUAAUUGUAUUGACCAUACCGAAUAUGAAGCUAAAUUUUCUGUCCGUUUUGAUUUAAAAUAUGCCUUAGAAUGCUUUGAUUCUUUUUUGGUUGAACGCCGCAAGAAAUGUGUUGAGAGACUAAAUGAAUGGGUUUUCUUUGACACAACAAAGAAUUCUAAAACUAGUAUUAUACACGGUCGAUUCGAGUAUAUUUUAGAAAGUAAAGGAAUUUGGCGCUGCUCUAAAAAUCCAGAUGAAUUGUAUAAAUGCAAUGCUUAUUUAAAAGAAUUUCAAAAGAAUUACAUUUUGUGUGCUGAUCACACGUGCGAUUUGAUAAAACGAUGGGGAUGUGUUGAUAAAAAUGUAAAACCAAAUCUUGGAAUGGAAAAUUGUAUGAUUUUUUUUUUAUUUUUGAAAAAAAUUUUUGCGGUACUUAUGCCUCUCCCCUCGGUCCAUUUUGUGUUAAAUAUGAAAGGUUUAAAAAGCAGAAAAAUUGGGAUUUAUUUUACUAGUUCAAAACCUGAAACCCGUUAA